CUCACGCUUGGAGAAGACACGUCAGAAAAUUUUAUGAAAUGAUGAGCAAUCUCUUAACUCAAGGAGUAGUUCUGCUUGGCGUCUUGAGUCUCUCGGCGGCAUUGUUGUGUACAGAUGCUGAAUAUGCAAUUACAGUAAAGACAGUUCCGAAGACACUCUCAUAUGAGCAGGCAAUUUUAAACUGUAAAUCGGAUGGAAAACUGCUUUGUAAUUCUCAAACAAUAUGCAAAAAUGGAGUUCCUUACACUGGAGUAAUUCCUGGUGACCACUGGGUGCCCGUGAGUGACAGUGCAAACGAAUGGGCGCAGAUUGGAAACCGUCAUCGUUCAUGUAGUCUCCACAGCUCUCUGGGUCAAAAACCUCUUUGGGGAUUAUGGAAUAGUGCUAACAACUUCAAAGGAAAUUUGUUCUGCUGCAAAAUAAAAGUGAAAGAUCCUAAAAUCUUUUUGGGAAAAGUCUCAAAUAGACUUUCGUACCAACAAGCGCAAACAAAAUGUCGUAACAAAGGCAAAAAUCUCUGCAGUUCAAAGGAUUUGUGUAGUGAUGGUAAAACACCGUAUGGCGGACCAAUUGCAGGAGAUAACUGGGUGCCUGUGAGCGACAGCUUCAAUGAAUGGCUUCAACUUGGUAAAUCUCCACAUCCUCCUUGCAGACUUCACAGCUCAAUCGGGGUUAAACCCGCAUGGGGAUUAAAAACUGGUGCCCCUGGCGUUACCGGAAUUCUUCCCUGUUGCCGAGUAGAACCCAAAGAUGCAGGGAUUUCAAUGAAGAAUGUUCCACCUACAACUUCAUAUCAGCAAGCAGUCUCGAAAUGCACGUCCUAUGGCAAACAACUUUGCAACUCUCAAGAUAUAUGUGAAGAUGGUAAAACUCCCAGUGGUGGACCUAUGCAAGGAGAUCAUUGGGUGCCUGUCAAAGAUAGUUACAACGAAUGGUUACAAUUGGGUAAAUAUUGCAAUUGCGUUCUUUUGCAAAACUUGCAGGUAUACACUCGUUGUUGAGAACGUUUUGCGAUUAGUUUUCUGGUGAACAAUCGAUAUAAUUAUUACCGUAAAGAACAAACCUUUCUCUCCUUAUCCUUUUGUCAAGCGCUAUAGCCUAUGCAUCACCCAGAUCACAUUGUUAAACGAACAAUUCCCACGAGCUGUUUAUUCCAUUCAUAAGACUCCUGCUGUUUUCUAGGUAACUCGCCGCACAAACCAUGCAUUCUUCACUCUCAGCUGGGACAGAAACCGUCCUGGGGAAGUAGUACACAAAGCCUGGUUUAUAGGGGAUAUCUUUUCUGUUGUGACUGACAUGGUUAUACGCCGUUUUUGAUUCAAUAUAAUCAAAUAAUACUUCUUACUUGAUGAUAAGAUAAAAUUAUAUUAAUUGUAUUUUCCAUAUAUU